ACAUUUUCAAGUGGCCUUGAAGCUUAUUCUUAGUAUAUAAAAUUGCUAAUUCCUGCUUGUCUCAUAACAAUAACUGUUCAGGUUUUAGAAGCUAUGAAGCAUAAUAACUCAUACAAACUCUCUUUUGUUCACUUGCUUUGUGUUUUACUCUUGACUCCAUUGAUAUGCUCCCAACUUGACUACAGAUUCUAUGAUGAUUCUUGUCCUAACCUGACAAGAAUUGUUCGAUAUGGUGUUUGGUCAGCCAUGUCCAAUGAUACAAGGAUGGCAGCCUCUCUAUUGAGGCUUCACUUUCAUGAUUGUUUUGUUAAUGGAUGUGACGGAUCUCUCCUUCUUGAUGGUGAGAAUGUGGAGAAAAAUGGAUUGGCAAAUAGAAAUUCAGCUCGAGGAUUUGAGGCCAUUGACAAUAUUAAAGCUAAUUUGGAGAAAGCCUGCCCUGCCACAGUUUCUUGUGCUGAUAUACUAGCUAUUGUGGCAAGAGAAGCAGUUUAUCUUACUGGAGGCCCAUUCUGGAAUGUUCCUUUGGGUCGCAGAGAUGGGUUAACAUCAAGUCAGAAUGCUGCUAAUCAACAGCUACCAUCACCUUUUGAAUCCUUAGAGAAUAUCACUGCAAAAUUUACCUCAAAGGGUCUUGAUUUGAAGGAUGUUGUUGUGCUCUCAGGUGGACACACACUUGGCUUUGCUCAGUGCUUCACUUUCAAAACAAGGCUCUUCAACUUUAGUGGCUCUGGAAAACCUGAUCCUGCACUGGACACAUCAUUUCUGCAAAGUCUGCAAAAUGCAUGUCCAGACCAAGCAGAUUCUGAUACAAAAUUGGCUCCUUUUGAUUCCACUUCUUCAAAGUUUGACAAUGUUUAUUACAAUCUUCUUAUGAACAAUGCUGGGCUUCUCCAAUCAGACCAAGCUCUCAUGGGGGACAAUACGGCUGCUUCACUAGUCAGUUACUACAGCAAGUUCCCUUACAUGUUCUCCAAGGAUUUCGGAGUAUCAAUGGUCAAGAUGGGUGGCAUUGGUGUUCUUACAAGACAAGAUGGGGAGAUCAGAAAAAACUGUAGGGUGAACAACUAGAAGCGUUGUGCUCUUGUCAUGUAAAUCAAGUCCUACGUAAUAUUACUCUUUAAUGCAGCACUGUAACCAACUGCAAGUGUGUUAUGACAAAAGUGUUAGGAACACGCGCUCUUUAUCGCAAUUGCAAUUACUGUAAAAGAGACACAAGAAAUUUAAUGUGUUCGGAGGUAAGGUCUACGUCCACUAAAUUUUAGUAAGAUCGAGAAAAUGUAAUACGAUCUUUCAGAACUCUCAAAA